AUGGAGGGCGAAGAGGCUUCAUUUUCAAAGGAGCUGAUCGGUUAUUUGAGAGCCAGAGAAGUGCCUCUGUCCUGCUCUGAGGGAUUCACAGAGUUGGGUUACUACAACGGCACCGUGUCCCAGACGGACUCUGGUGCCCCCUGUCUGAAGUGGACCGAGUUUCCGGACUACGUCAUGCAGUAUCCGGGCCGCGGCCUGGGAGACCACAGCUACUGCAGGAACCCGGAUCGGGAGUCCAACCCCUGGUGCUUCUUCAGGCAAAACUCGGGCGCCAUCGGCUGGGCCUACUGCGACUGUCACCAGGGUGCGGCCCGUCUGGUCGGCAGCUCGUCCUCCGGCAGCGGGCGGGUGGAGGUUUACCUGAACGGCCAGUGGGGGGCGGUGUGCGACUCCCACUGGACAGACAGGGACGCCAGUGUGAUCUGCAGACAACUGGGUCUGGGUGACAUUGGCACGGCGCUGCAGCACUCGCAGUUCGGCUCCGGCUCCGGCCUCUUCCACUACGAGCGUCUGGGUUGCCGCGGCGAUGAGAACACCCUGAGCAAGUGCCGGAGCAGGACGUUCGUCACCGGUGACUGUAGCCAUGGAAACGAGGCGGCAGUGGUGUGCGCGCCUCCGGAAGGCAGCGGUCCUCCUCUGCGAUUGGUCGGAGGCGAGGAAGACUUCGAAGGUCGCGUGGAGGUGUUUCACACGGGAAGGUGGGGCUCCGUCUGCGACGACCAAUGGGACGACAGAGAUGCAGAGGUGGUGUGCAGGCAGCUCGGUUUCGGCGGCGUGGCCAAGGCCUGGUCCUGGGCUCACUUCGGUCAGGGUUCGGGUCCCAUCCUGCUGGAUGCCGUGAAGUGCACCGGAAACGAGCUGUUCCUGGAUCAGUGUCCUCAUGGCGACUGGGAGCAGCACAACUGUGACCACAUGGAGGACGCCGGCGUCUCCUGCAGCCCUUACACAGAUGGCGUGGUGCGUCUGGUCGGAGGAGACAGUCCGUGGGAGGGUCGAGUCGAAGUGUUUCACAACGGCGACUGGGGGACGGUGUGUGACGACCACUGGACCCAGCAGCACGCCGAGGUGGUCUGCAGACAGCUGGGAUACAGGGGUCACGCUGAGGUCGUGUCAGACGGGACCUUCGGCGAAGGCGUCGGUCUGAUCCUCCUGGACGAUGUGCAGUGUGACGGAUCCGAGACGUCCCUGCUGGACUGUAAACACGGGAUCUGGGGUCGGACCGACUGCUCCCACAGCGAGGACGUCGGCGUUCGCUGCAGAGGAAGGUCCAGCCAGGAGACCAACGAAGUGCCGGUUAUCGCACCUUCAACAGGUCCCCUGGUGCGUCUGGUGGGUGGCAGCAGCAGGAAGGAGGGUCGAGUCGAGGUGUAUCUCCAUGGCGACUGGGGAAGUAUUUGCGACUCGGGCUGGAACGACCUGAAUGCGGUCGUCGUGUGCAGACAGCUCGGACACAGCGGUGGAGCGGUAGCAGCCGGAGGGUUCGGUCAGGGGAAGGGACCCAUCCACCUGGACCAGGUGAGGUGCACGGGGAAGGAGGAGUUCCUGGGGGAGUGUCCCUCUCUGGGUCAGAGCAUCCAGGGCUGCAGACGGAGGGAGGACGCCGGGGUGAGGUGCGACGUGGCGCCGCGGGAGCCGUCGGUGGUUCCGGUCAAACCCCAGGAGCAGAGCUGUGGGCUGAGGAAGCUGGUGGAGGAGGAGGAGGGCAAGAGGAGGAGCCGAGGAGAGGAAAGCACGCUCAGGUCCACGUGGCCCUGGCAGGUGUCGGUGUGGCUCCAGUCCCAGGAGGAAGCCGACGGUCCCCUCUGCAGCGGGACUCUGAUCAGCCCCUGCUGGGCCCUGACGUCUGCAUCCUGUGUGAGCAGGGUCGGCAGCGACCCGUCCAGGUACGUGGUGCGAGUCGGGGGCUCGGAGCGGAGCCUCAGCCCGGAGCAGGUGGUGGUCCACAGGAAGUUCAAGGGCCAGAGCGGAGGACACGAUCUGGCUCUGCUGAAGCUGCCCAGCUCCAAGGGCCACUGCCUGACCUUUGACCCCAACACCAACGCAGCCUGCCUCCCUACAGCUGACACCGUGUCGGGAGGAAAUACUCCAGCAUCCUGCGUCGUCAUGGUUACCGCCGGAUGGGCAGGGCCAGACUCCGUCGUUGCAUCCUGGGUCCCUCUCAUGUCGUCAUGGCAAUGCAAGAAGCGCUACGGCGACAGCUUCUCCAGUCACGGCACCCUGUGCGCCGGCAGCCCUCCAGACACCAGCCUCCUCCACGGCGACGGUUGCCAGGGCAACUCCGGAGGCGGGCUGCUGUGUCAGGGGGAGACGGGUCGGUGGGUGCUCACCGGGGUUGUUGCCGGGGGUUACGGCUGCUCCGACCCCUCCUCCCCCGCCCUCUACACGCGAGUCAGCCGCUUCAGGAGCUGGAUCGACGAGGUCACCGACGCACGAGCGCGCCCGGAGGAGCCGCACGCCAACACGCAACAAGUGGACAAUGACAUCACUCUCGUGGACAAUGACAUCGCCCUCGUGGACAAUGACAUCACACAUGCGCACGGGAAGCUGAAGCGCGUGCACGAUCAGCAACCGACGAAUGAGAUCGGCGAGGUCAAACACGCGCACGCUCACCACUCGCACGCCAACCAGCACGCUCACGCUAAAGGCGGCGCGCACACAAACACACAAAUGGUGUGUUCCAUCUACCUGGAGGUUUUCACCGUGUCCAUCGCAUGCGGCCACAGCUUCUGCAAGGCCUGCAUCACCGGAUACUGGGACUGCCAGUGUCCCCUCUGCAAGGAGGUCUUCACCAAGAGACCCGAAUUAAAGACCAACAUGACAACUCAAGAGGUGUCGGAUCACUUUAGAGGGAUAAAGGAAGGAAGCAUUAAUGAUAAAUCGGCUGUACGGAAUGGAGACAAAGCCGGCGACAUCUGCACUGGGAGGAAGUCGGUGAAGUUUAGCCUCGAAUGCCAGACGUCUUUCUGUGAGCUUCACCUGGAGCCUCACCACAGAGUCGCAGGCUGA